GGCGAAGUACAAAAGCUUGUAGUCAAAAUAGGCGAUCUCCAGGCCGAAUUCUCGCGUCAUGCGAGACAGGUGGAACAUAAUCAGCACCAAAUGGAGAUCACACUAACGCAGAAAGUCUCCCAAGCUGUUCUGCAGGAUGUUACGCGCAUGGUGGACUCCCUUCGCAACAAGACAGAAUCAGAUGCGAUAACGCGACAAAAGUAUGUAGACAAAGUCCAAGACCAAACGAACCAGGCGAUGGCACAAAUUCAUCAAGCAGACCUCGAUAGGCAUAGGGCCAUGCAAUUGAAGGCAACAAAAGUCCGAGCAAGACAUGACGCUGAGAUACUAUAUCUGAAGCUCAUGGCCGAAGGAAAGGCAAAGGACGUAAUGCAGAGACUAGACAAUAUCGAAAACACAAACAACUCCCUCAAGGCAGAGGCAUAGAGAGGGCAAAUGAGUCCACUAAAGUAGAUCUCCGAACCGAAUUCGGCAGCAGCCAAGAGAAAUACCACAUGCAGAUCACCGACGGAUCUGCGGUAACCAUACAAGCAAUAGAGGAUCGGCUCAGGUGCCUCGAACACGCGAAAGGUGCUACGGAAAGUGAUCUAGAGGAGAGAAUCGCGAAAGAGCUGCAAUCCUUCAAGCUAGAGACGGCACAAAAGAUGGGACACAUGGAGAAUAUGUACCACGAAAAGGUCACGACAUUAGCCAAAGAGACAGGAAGACAGCUGGAGGGGC